UCACUUCUUGCGUCCUCGUAACCUCGUAACCUCGACACAUCUGCAAUAUGUGCCACAGCUUCAGCUUCGUCAUUUCUCACGUCGUCUUCGUCCCACGUGCCCGCCUACUGCCUGUUCAUGCCGUUUCGUACGCGGCCGAACAACUGCGCUCUGGAUUGGACGCCACCAAACAUACGCACCGUUCCAUACCAGGCCGUACAGAACCACCUUGUCGUAGUCUAAUCCAUUUGCCGAGGUACGGGGUUGGGACAGAUAAUCAAUCUGCACGGAAGGCUUCCAUGCAUCAUGGCUACAAAAGUUCCGAAAUAUGCGCAAUCAUCAAGCCUUUUCGUACCACACAUACCCCAGACGUUAGUUCUGGCGUCCACCUUGUCCGUUCUUCGCCGCUCAAAUCUCAGCCGAACCAGGCUGCACGGUGAGUUCAGGGUAGAUGCUGUACCAUCCAGCGUGGGGAGCAGCGUCUCGCAUCGAUGGCACUUUUCCAUCAGCCUUGCUUGGUAAUACCACCUUGGCUUCGUACACUAACCAAGACCCUCUGGCAUCUCGACUCUUGUGUUGCGUACAUCAAUGCAUGUUAUUGGACAA